GCAGGGAGACGGCGCUGCCCGGAGGAGCGCGGCGGGCGUGCGAGCGCGCCACGGGAGCAGGCGUGGGGCCGGGCCGGGCCGGGGCGGGAGCGGCGGGCGGAGGGGGCGGCAGGCCGCGCUCGGGCCGGUCUGCGGCGUAGGCUUCGGCUUUGGCAUUGGCGGUGGCGGCGGCGGUGAAGAUGCUGCAGUCCCUGGCCGGCAGCUCGUGCGUGCGCCUGGUGGAGCGGCACCGCUCGGCCUGGUGCUUCGGCUUCCUGGUACUCGGCUACCUGCUCUAUCUGGUCUUCGGUGCCGUGGUCUUCUCCUCGGUAGAGCUGCCCUAUGAGGACCUGCUGCGCCAGGAGCUGCGCAAGCUGAAGCGGCGCUUCGUGGAGGAACACGAGUGCCUGUCAGAGCAGCAGCUUGAGCAGUUCCUGGGCCGGGUGCUGGAGGCCAGCAACUACGGCGUGUCGGUGCGCAGCAACGCCUCAGGCAACUGGAACUGGGACUUCGCCUCCGCGCUCUUCUUCGCCAGCACCGUACUCUCUACCACAGGUUACGGUCACACUGUGCCCUUGUCAGACGGGGGAAAGGCCUUCUGCAUCAUCUACUCGGUCAUUGGCAUUCCCUUCACGCUCCUGUUCCUGACAGCUGUGGUCCAGCGUGUCACCGUGUACGUCACUCGCAGACCUGUCCUCUACUUCCACGUCCGCUGGGGCUUCUCCAAGCAGGUGGUGGCCAUCGUCCAUGCUGUCCUGCUGGGGCUGAUCACCGUGUCCUGUUUCUUCUUCAUCCCAGCCGCUGUAUUCUCUGUCCUGGAGGAUGACUGGAACUUCCUUGAAUCCUUUUACUUUUGCUUUAUUUCCCUGAGCACUAUUGGCUUAGGGGAUUACGUUCCUGGAGAAGGCUACAAUCAGAAAUUCAGAGAGCUUUACAAGAUUGGCAUCACGUGUUACCUGCUACUUGGCCUGAUUGCCAUGUUGGUGGUUCUGGAAACUUUCUGUGAACUCCAUGAGCUGAAAAAAUUCAGGAAAAUGUUCUAUGUGAAGAAGGACAAGGAUGAAGAUCAAGUGCACAUUAUAGAACACGACCAGCUGUCCUUCUCCUCCAUCACAGACCAAGUAGCAGGCAUGAAAGAGGAUCAGAAGCAAAAUGAGCCUUUUGUGGCCACUCCAUCAUCUGCCUGUGCAGAUGGCUCUGCCAACCACUGAACACAGGAUCCGUUGCAUCAUACUGGGUACCCAGGGUCAGGGCCUGAGGAAUAAGCUUAACUGUUCAUUUUUAUGAGACUGUAAAUGCCAAGAGGAUGUUAUCUUGUUAGAUAUUUACUGUAAGCAAUAUUUUUGAAGGAAAAAGUAGAACAAAAGAAGCUUUGGGCCUAGAGGAAUGUCUGCUCUCUGAAGAAAUGGGCUGUGUGCCUUUAACUCACUUGUGGUAGAAUUAUCUAGACUUUACUGCUAGAAGAAAAAAGAUUGAAACAGUGUGCAGCUGUGGAUAGGAGCAUAUUUUAUACUUUUAAAACUGGGCACUUUGUAGUUUGCAUUUAAAUGAUUUAGCUGAUGGCUAAAUAGCAGCGACAUUUAUAUUUAAAACUGAAAGGCACAGAGGUAUGUCUUAUAAAUAGGUUUCUGUGUACUAGUUUGCAUGUGCCGUGCUAAAUGGUUAUUUUUGUAGGUUAAGUCUACUAUUUAUAAUGAGUAGGUAACCAUUAACUGUGUACAUAUAAAAUAUAAAUAUGUUUAUAUCCUGUACAUAGGGUUUAGGUUACCAGAUAUUACUUCUUAACCCAAGAUUAUAGAUAUUUCUUUUUCUUUUGAUUUCUCUUUAUACUGAACAAUUGUAAUUGCUGUAGAAGAGAAAUAAGAAAAUUAAGCAGGAAUAAUGCAGUGCUCUGUCACAAUAAAUGUUUCUAUUUUCUUGCAAUAUUUUGAUAUCAGAUGUGUAAAUAUGUUUGUCAUUCCUUUUUUGGAAGUGAGCAGGCAAUGAAGAAUAGGACCUGUUAAAAGGUUAAGACAUUUUGCUUUGAAAAUACAUUGUGAUUUACAAGUAACCUAAUACUAAAACCCAGAACUAGAACAUAAAAGUUUCAAAUAAACAGAUUAUGUUGCAUUAAUCUGACUAUAUAAGAUGAAAUAAAUAAAAAUCAU